UUCGCACUUCCCAGGGUGUGCAAAGUUUCACUUUUUCCGCACUAGUGCCUAAAAGUUGCUCAAAGAGGCCUUAAUAUAUUUUAGAAAUAAAUAAUUACAAUAUUCUAUUCAUUUAAAAUCAAGAUAUUUAAUUGCCAAUAAGAGACAAAUUAUUUUAUUUCUUCCAGGCACUCCUGCCAGAAAAAUGUCAAUAUUUUGAUCUUUAUUGUAUGGAUUUCCAUAAUUUUUUCAGUAGUUGCUUAAAUAGGCCUUGGAGUAUCCUUGAAAUCAAUAAUUGCAAACUUUUACCCCAAGAACUCAAGAUAUUUAUUUGCAAAUAAGAGACAAAUUAUUUUAUUUCUUCCAGGCACUCCUGUCAGAAAAAUGUCAAUAUUUUGAUUUUUAUUGUAUGGAUUUCCAUAAUUUUUUCAGUAGUUGCUUAAAUAGGCCUUGGAAUAUCCUAGAAAUCAAUAAUUGCAAACUUUUACUACAAGAACUCAAGAUAUUUACUUGCAAAUAAGAGACAAAUUAUUUUAUUUCUUCCAGGCACUCCUGCCAGAAAAAUGUCAAUAUUUUGAUUUUUAUUGUAUGGAUUUCCAUAAUUUUUUCAGUAGUUGCUUAAAUAGGCCUUGGAGUAUCCUAGAAAUUAAUAAUUGCAAACUUUUACCCCAAGAACUCAAGAUAUUUAUUUGCAAAUAAGAGACAAAAAAUAUUUUAUUUCUUCCAGGCACUCCUGCCAGAAAAAUGUCAAUAUUUUGAUUUUUAUUGUAUGGAUUUCCAUAAUUUUUUCAGUAGUUGCCUAAAUAGGCCUUGGAGUAUCCUAGAAAUCAAUAUUUGCAAAGUUUUACCGCAAGAACUCAAGAUAUUUAUUUGCAAAUAAGAGACAAAUUAUUUUAUUUCUUCCAGGCACUCCUGUCAGAAAAAUGUCAAUAUUUUGAUUUUUAUUGUAUGGAUUUCCAUAAUUUUUUCAGUAGUUGCCUAAAUAGGCCUUGGAGUAUCCUAGAAAUCAAUAUUUGCAAACUUUUACCACAAGAACUCAAUAUAUUUAUUUGCAAAUAAGAGACAAAUUAUUUUAUUUCUUCCAGGCACUCCUGUCAGAAAAAUGUCAAUAUUUUGAUUUUUAUUUUAUGGAUUUCCAUAAUUUUUUCAGUAGUUGCCUAAAUAGGCCUUGGAGUAUCCUAGAAAUCAAUAUUUGCAAAGUUUUACCGCAAGAACUCAAGAUAUUUAUUUGCAAAUAAGAGACAAAUUAUUUUAUUUCUUCCAGGCACUCCUGUCAGAAAAAUGUCAAUAUUUUGAUUUUUAUUGUAUGGAUUUCCAUAAUUUUUUCAGUAGUUGCCUAAAUAGGCCUUGGAGUAUCCUAGAAAUCAAUAUUUGCAAACUUUUACCACAAGAACUCAAUAUAUUUAUUUGCAAAUAAGAGACAAAUUAUUUUAUUUCUUCCAGGCACUCCUGUCAGAAAAAUGUCAAUAUUUUGAUUUUUAUUUUAUGGAUUUCCAUAAUUUUUUCAGUAGUUGCCUAAAUAGGCCUUGGAGUAUCCUAGAAAUCAAUAUUUGCAAAGUUUUACCGCCAGAACUCAAGAUAUUUAUUUGCAAAUAAGAGACAAAUUAUUUUAUUUCUUCCAGGCACUCCUGUCAGAAAAAUGUCAAUAUUUUGAUUUUUAUUGUAUGGAUUUCCAUAAUUUUUUCAGUAGUUGCCUAAAUAGGCCUUGGAGUAUCCUAGAAAUCAAUAUUUGCAAACUUUUACCACAAGAACUCAAUAUAUUUAUUUGCAAAUAAGAGACAAAUUAUUUUAUUUCUUCCAGGCACUCCUGUCAGAAAAAUGUCAAUAUUUUGAUUUUUAUUGUAUGGAUUUCCAUAAUUUUUUUAGUAGUUGCUUAAAUAGGCCUCGGAGUAUCCUAGAAAUUAAUAAUUGCAAACUUUUACCCCAAGAACUCUAGAUAUUUAUUUGCAAAUAAGAGACAAAUUAAUUUAUUUCUUCCAGGCAUUCCUGUCAGAAAAAAGUCAAUAUCUCGAUUGUUAGUAUAUGGAUUUUAGCAAUUCUUUACUAAAAAAUUAACAAAGUUUAAUUUUUUCUUACCCAAAAUGAUUUUUCAAGUUUCAAAAUGGCGGCUGACGGAAGCCAUUUUGAAAUGAUUCCAUAAUUUCCAUUGCCUUCAGGUUUACUACCUUUAUUUUAAGAUGGCGACCAUUUUUACAGCAAAGUAUAUAUUCAUAUAUAGUUGAGGUACUUACCUCUAAUGUUAAAAUAAAAAUGCUUUUUCCUCAAUUUUCUCUACUCUUAACUUUCGAUUCGCUUUUGGGAGUGGCAACAUUCAAAACGUGCCACGCCCAAAUUUAAAAAAGACAUCACAAAAAAAUUACUGGUAAAUUGAUGACUUACCGCAGGAUAUGAAUAAGACAAGAACAUAAGUAGUAUUUUAACUUUAUUUACCUUUUGACACGUUUCUCGGAUCAACAAAAGAUAAUAAAACUAUUGUUUUUAACAUAUAUAGUUAGUCACCUAAUAGGGAUUUAUUGUUAAAAGCAUUGUAACAAUAUCCUUAUAAGUAUAUUUCUCAGUUUUACGAUAUAUUAAAGAUAUAGUACAAGUCCUUAUAUAUUAACGUUAAAAAUCAAAAAUUCCACUAGUCUCUAAAAGGUAUAAGGCAAAAACGUCAGGUUUUUCCUAAACAUAUCGAUACCAUAUCAAUAUACUGCAUAUAUAACCCAAUAAUUGCUCGUGAAGCCCUAACAUACAGUAUCUUAUUAUUAAUUGAUAUCGAUCCAUCAAAAUGUGCAACUUCGUUAUUGGAAUAUGUGUGUUAUUUCUUUUUGUACAAGGUGGACACGGACAAAUUACAUGUUACAAAUGUAACUCGUAUCACGACAACAAUAAAACAGCUUGUCUGGAUCCCUUUUACCCCGAUCACAUUUCCACCAGAACUUGCGCGAGCAACUUCGUCUGCACCAAAGUAUCUUAUUAUACCCAAGGUACAUUUGUAACAUCCAGAUCUUGCGACCAAAAAAAGUCCAACACAUGCGGAGAUAUUGAAAAUACUAUGCGAGAUCACUAUGAUGAUUUAUCCAGUUAUAAAUGUCUUGCUUGUGAAAAAGAUUUGUGCAAUAAGGGUCUUACUAUGUCGGGUUCUAUGGCCAUGGCUUUAGUUAGUACAGUUGUUUUUGUAACAAUAUUUUAA